UAAUAUAAAAGGAGUGGUAAAAGAGUGCAAAACUAAAUUUGUUUUGACGGUCCCAGAGCAUUUGUCCAAAGUGGAAGAGGCCCUGGCAGGUACUAGUGUAAAGGUGAUUGUAUUUGGAGAGGCUAAAGGCCAUGUGACGUUUCAGUCCCUUAUUGACUCCAGUGAUGGAAGAUACACAACCCCGGCUGGUGACCCUAAAAAGGAUAUUGUGGCCCUUAUGUCGUCCUCUGGUACUACUGGGUUUCCAAAAGCCGUCAUGAUCACACACUUUGCUAUUAUAGCAAACUCACUGCAGCAACUAUCCGUAGGCUUAGCAACACCAGAAGACUGUUACAUCAUGUUUCUACCACUGUUCCAUGUGUACGGGUUGUACCUCGUCACGUUACUCUGUCACGUGAUUGGAGCAAAAAUUGUCAUCAUGUCACGAUUCCAGCCGGACGAGUAUUUAAGACUUAUACAAAAACAUAAGCCGAACAUGCUUCAGGUUGUGCCGCCGGUAAUGGUAAUGUUUUCCAAAUACCCGAGAGUAUCCGAAUACGACUUGUCGUCCAUUAAAACUGUUAUUUGCGGAGCUGCACCGCUAAGUCAGGAAAUUGAAGAGGUUGUAAAAACAAAGCUUAAACUUCCUUGUGUAAUACAAGGUUAUGGAAUGACUGAAGUCGGUGUUACACACGCGAAUGGAAGGGAAGACUUUAGAUAUAAAUCUGUGGGGAAAAUUUUACCCUUAGUUGAAAUGAAGAUAGUUGAUGUAGAAACCGGAAAGACAUGUGGCUUGAACGAGGAGGGUGAAAUUUGGAUCAAGGGUCCUCAAAUUAGUCUUGGCUACCUUAAUUUACCUGAGGAGAACAAAAGGUUUUUCACUGAUGAUGGAUGGGCUCGAACAGGUGACAUUGGUAAGGAAGAUGAUGAUGGGUACUUGUUCGUUGUUGACAGGCUGAAAGAGUUGAUCAAAUAUAAGGGGCUUCAAGUUGCCCCUGCUACACUAGAGGAUAUAUUGCUAACACAUGACGCUAUAGCCGACGUCGGUGUGAUAGGAGUUCCGGAUGAAGACGCGGGAGAACUGCCAAGAGCUUAUGUCGUGAAAAAGGCGGGAAAGAAAAUAACGGAAGCAGAAAUUAUUCGAUAUGUUGACAGUAAGGUUUCACCUCACAUGAAGCUUAGAGGUGGUGUAGAGUUUGUCAGUGAAAUACCAAGAACCCUAUCGGGGAAAAUUCUCCGUAAAACUUUGAGACUGAAAGCAAAAGCUUUGUCAAAACUUUGAAACUAAGGCGAAAGUUUUGUUAAAACUUUGAAAAUUAAACCGGAAGUUUGGUCAAAACUUUAAGACAAAUUUAAAAUCUUUAAUAAAACUUCGAAUAUGAAUAAAAAA